GGCGGGACAAGUGAGCUGGCCAAUCAGUGGCCUCGAUGUGGCCCGAGGGGACCGUUAGACGCUAGAGGAAUUUCAGACCGCCGCCCAGGUCUCCACGGGCAGAGAGAGUGGCUGCAGCGGUCCACGGAGGCAGGGGCCCAGCUUAUCCCCUAUGGAACAGGAAAGAAUCUUGGCACUCCUAAGAGCAGAAGUGGAGAGGCUAUCCAGCGAGCUGCAGGAGACAACGCAGGAGAAAGUCCAGGCCGCCACAUACGGCCUGGCAGUGCUUGAGGAAAAUGCCGACUUGAAACAGAAAUAUGGGGACCUGGAAACAGAGCUAGAGUCCCAUAGGCUGGAACUGCAUCAACUGAAAGAGGCAUUAGCUGAAUGUCAUAACAACCAUAAACGGGCCACAUUUGACGGAGAGAACCGAGAAGAAAGCUUACUGCUAGAAAACGCUUCCAAAGAGGCAAAGCUGAUGGAGAGAAUUGAAGAGUUGCAGAAUGACAUUAAACAAAUGAGAUUUCUUGUGACUAAUACAUCUGCAGAAAAUGAUCGCCUUUCUUCCAUAAUCCAGGAGCUGAGAAAGGAGUGCAAAUGUAUAGAAACUGAAAAAGCCCUACUGAAAGAUGAGGUCAAACAAUAUAAGAUGAAAGAACUGCGUCAGCUACAGGACACUGCAGAAUUGAAAGAAGAAAAUCUCUCCUUACAGAAGCAAAUUUCUUGUUUGAAGGAGACCCAGAUGGAGUAUGAAGGCUUAAGACGUGAAGUUCAGAGAAGAGAUGAAGAAAUUGAGAUUAGAAACACUCGUCUGGCCGAAGUAACUCGACAGAAGGAGAUCUCUGACCAUCAUCUCGAGGAGGCCUUGGAAACCCUCCAGAGUGAACGAGAACAGAAAAAUGAGCUGCGCAGGGUGCUGUCUGGGUACAUCAACACCUAUGAUUCCUUAGGGGCGGUGCCGACCAAUUACGAUGACCUGAACCAGUGUAGCGAUGACGGCCUGGGUAUCGGCUACAACAAUCAAGUCUUCAGAAACCACAGAGAAAAUAUGAUGUCCAUGCCUCCAAAUAGCAACAGCUGCAGGCCCCAGCCUGGUUUAGUGUGUGACCUUUUGAGUGAGCUCAGUUUAUCAGAGAUUCAGAAACUGAACCAGCAGCUUCUGCAGGUUGAUAAUGAAAAGUCAACACUAUUAAGUAGUAUAAAAGAGUUGCAGACACAGCUGGAUAGUACAAAGGAUGCGCUGUCCAAACAGCAAGCUCAAAAUAACUACCUUCUUGAGCAAAUCCAGGCUUUAAACAAACGGUACGGCAGUAGCGAACUGAGUUUGCUUUUUGGAAAAGAGGGAGAGAAGAGUGACAGUACCAGUGCCAGUGCCAGUGCCAGUGCCAGUGCCAGUGCUAGCGCCAGUGCUAGCACCAGUGCCAGUGCCAGUGCCAGUGAACCCCAAGAAGAGGAACAUAAAUGUUCGGCAGCAAACUGCUCCCAAGUAACCAGGCUGAAGAUGGAACUUGAGGAGCUGAAUGAGAAGUACCAGGAUUUUGAAGCCAAGUACAAGCAGGAGACAGAGGCCUGGCAAGAAGAGUCUCAAAAUCUAACGGAGAAGAUAAGAUUCUGGGCCAAAUCAGGCAAGCAGAAGCAAGAGAUCAUUACUAAUCUUGAGAAUGAGCUUCAGGCUUCCAAGAAACGGUCAACGGAAUUUCAGAGCAAACUGACCCUGGCCCAGGAAGAGCUGCAGGUGAUUACUGAAGACCUGGCCAAUAUGUAUCGCCGCGUCUGUGUCUGCAACAACCUGUUACCUGAUCGUGGGCUAUUAGAUGGCUUUAAAGAUGGCCAAGGGGCCCCUGUCCAUACCUGCAAAAGGCAUGCCAAUGAUGUCGUGGCCAAUGUGCGUAUGUGCCGAAGCCAGUCGAAUGAUCUCUUUGUGAAGGUCCUGUUUAGCCCUGAGACAAGCACCGUGAAAAGUGGCAGCAGCAACCAGUCUGUUAGUGAUUCUCCUUGCGAGUCUGAUACAGAGGAGUAUGAAAAGGAACCCGAGAGUCUCUCCAACCAAAUUUCCAUCAUUGGAAGCCAGGUGAAGCAACUCCAGACGGCCCUGUCAAUUUCAUUACGCAACAAGUCCCUUGAAGCCAUGUCAACAGAGCUGAAGGAUAAAAAUGCUCUUGUUGAUGAAAUAAUGAAAUUGAAGUCUCUGUUGAACACCCAGAGAGAGCAAAUAGCGACUCUGAGGACCGUCUUGAAGGCCAACAAGCAGGCUGCUGAAGGUGCCCUUUCCAAUAUGAAACGCAAGUAUGAAGAUGAGAAGCUCGUGGUGUCAGACACCAUGAGUAAACUAAGGCAUGAACUGAAAGUUCUGAAAGAGGAUGCUGCUACAUUUUCCUCCCUUCGAGCCGUGUUUGCCAGCAGGUGUGAUGAGUAUGUUUUGCAGCUUGGUGAAAUACAGCAACAGCUUGCUGCGGCAGAAGAUGAAAAGAAGACCCUGAAGUCUUUGCUGAGCCUAGCAAUUCAGCAGAAACGGGCACUGAGCCAGCGCUUGGAAGCCCUGGAAGCGCAGUCCACUCUGUCCCUGAACAGCCGGGCAAAACUUGUCCCUGACCCCAAAGGGAGACCAUUCAAAAGUAACUGGCGUUAAAUGAAUGGCAUAAAGCAAGAAGACCUCCCCUUUCUCCAGCAGAGGGGAAGCAACAGUAUUGACAAGCAAACGGAUCUGCACAGGAUUGGCAUUUACAUUGAGAUCAUCCAGCUUAUCAACUCUAAAUGGUUGUCCAAGAGUGUUUGAUGUAUUUUGGGAAGCUAAUUCAAUGUCUUAUUUCAGUUACAGUAAAAAAAAAAUAUCUAUAAUUGUUUUUCAAAUGCAGGCCAUUUAAAAAUGAUGCUUGAAAUUGUGUUGUGUUUAAGAGCUCAUUCUGCUGAGAUUAUCAGUGGCCCUGCAAUUCCAGUUUUGAGUAGUAUUGUCCUGUGAUUCCUUUGUGAAGAGCACCAUAUUCCCUAUUGCUGUGUUCAUGUGUGAGCCUGUCUCUUUAGGAAAUGUUAAAAAAAAAAACAAAAACAAACAAAAAAAAAAACACGAACCUUGAUGUUACUCCUCUACUAUGACUAAUUGCUGUUGGCUUUCAAGUCCAUUUCAAGCAAGACAUAAAACCUUGCAUGUCUUUAUGUUUACAGGUUAGUUUCUGUAUAAUUGGACAUACACUUGGUGCUAUUUGUACGGUGUUAGAAAUUGUCUGCAAAAGUAGUUUCUAUCAGUGUACGAGUGUACUGUGUACUGUUUUAAACUUUAAGAAAUGUAUUUGUGCAAAUCCUAAACAGAAUGGAUUGUUCUAGGGGUAUUCAGACAAAGAGCCCCUGAAUAAGUGACAAGUAUUUGGGAUGCUUGGUAAUGCUGCAACUUGCUUAGAUUCUUGGGCACAGGGGACUUUUUUGGAAAGGGGAGUUUCCAAAUGCACAACUCUUUCUAGGUGAAAGCCAUGUGAAGCCCAAAGAGGGUGGAUUCUUAAAUUCAAGGAUUAGUCACGUCACUUUGGUAAGGGGCUGCUUUAUGCAGACUCAGAAUUGUAUAGUUUUUGUGGAAAGGUCUCUGGGUUUUUUCCUCUUCCAUUUCAGUCCCUUUAAGGUUGGGAAUUAGCCACCCACAGUUCUUAAUGGGAUUUUUUUAGAUUCUGCCUGUAUCUUCUCUUGGGGGAAAACAAAAGUUUAAGAGAUGGGACACUGAAUUCUUGCAGAGGACGUUAUUUCGGUAACCCUCUUUUGAAGCAUCUUUAAGAAGAGGAAGCCUUUCCUCUUCUGUUUUCUCCUUAAAGCGCAUGCUGGGUAUAGACUGAACACCUCAAGAGAGUUGGUGACUUGAAGGGUGGGUGGUGCUGUCAACCACACACCCCCAAACAUUUAGUAUUUAGUUUGUGAGCCUUUGAGUAUUUUCAGUACCAGAAUGUGUUCUUGCCAGACUGUUGGCUGGCUACAAUGGGUUGUACAAGGGGUACGGAAAGCUCUCUCUAACUAGAUCAGCCUGGCAAGAGAUAAGAGAAUAGUUUAAGUGGAAUGAAAGUAUAUAAACAUAUAUUUUUAAUGGAAAUAUUUCAAUAUCUAUUGUAUUCUGUGUAUGAAGUAACUCUAAAUCUCCUCCCAAUAUAAUGCAUGUUGAAGAGUCUUUUGUGUAAAGAAUGAAACUCCUAAAUAAAUUGUGUUAGUUGUCUGCA